AUGUCAAAUAUCAACAACCCACGUACAGAUGUUAGCUGUAUGCCUCCUCAACAACAGGAAUACCAUAACCCACAAAUAGGUCAUAGCUCAGGAAUAAUGGCAGAUACAGCUACAAAAUCAAUCCAUCAUUCACCCUUUCAAGCAACUAUCACCAGUUCAUUAAUGCAUAAUGCAGAUGAAAAGAAUACCAAUGCAAAUACCACAAUGACAACCACCGCUAAUACAUCUACAGGUACUUCUCAUUCAACUGCACAUACAACACCUUUAACAUCACCUGUCACUACUAUGUUGGGUAACGGAACUAAUGAAACUUUGAAAGAAACAAAUAAUAAUACACUACCACCAUUUUCAUUUGCAAAAAGACCUAUUGAUUUUCCUCAAAAAACAAGAGUAUCAUCCCUAUCUGGAAUAGAGUCAUACUUUGGGUCAAUCCAAAGUAAUGAGAAUCAAAAUAAUAAGAAUUCAUUAAGUAAGAGUCUUAAAAAUCCUGAUUUUGAUUAUAAUGAACAAAUCCGAUUUCCUCAAAUGAGUCAUACAUAUUAUACAUAUAGAAAAAGUUUACAAGAAUCUAAUAAUCGACCUAUCCUAGAAUCAAAUAAUAAAGUGCUUGUUGAAGUAGAAUCACAGAAUGUGAAAUAUAAACCAGCAACAUUUGAUUUAUCCAAACCCUUAAGGAGAUUUUCAAACCCGGGAAGACAAGAGGCUCCGUUAAAAAGGCAAAAUAGUGAUGAUGAUAAAUUGCUAGAAGAAUAUACCACUAAUAAUUAUAUCUAUGAACGUAAGGUUGAAAGAGAUAAAUUACGGGAUAUGUUCAACAAUGAAAUGAUGAGUUCCGUAAAUCAUCCAGCACCAAAACCUCGUAUUAGAAAUCAGUCAAGUUUUCCUAAAUUAAAUGAUAAUAAUACUGCCAUUCCAUCUUUGAAUCAACUUUAUCAAUUGAAGAAACCAUUAUGUACACCUGCAGUAUUACGCCCAGCAUUCACCAAUGAUAAUGAUUCCAAUGAAGCCGUACCACAAUUAAAACCUUCCUACUCUCCUUGCAACAGUACAAUAUAUACAAUCACGGCACCAAUAUCACCAGUCAGAUUCGAUAUUGAACCUACUCAUUCGCAUUGGAAAUCAAACAGUAUGACCAAUAAUUGCAUAACAUGUUUCAAACCCUUGCUGACGUUAUUAAUGUCAAUAAUAUGCGAUACAAACAACAAAAGACAUCAUUGUCGAUUUUGUGGCUUGAUAUAUUGUAGUGAUUGUUUAGUACAAGAUGAAACCACCAAUCAUCCAAAUGCAAUCUUAUUGGAUUCAAAUGCAAGAUUCAUCAUUCCAAUAUUUGAAAAUAUAAGAUCAAAGCAACCACCUGAAAUUAAACGAUUAUUCAAAAUCUGUCGAAAAUGUAGUGUGCUUUAUAAUGUUUUAGUCCAGGAUAUAAAUCGAUCAUUAAGAAAUGGUAAUGGUGAUUGGAAAUAUUUUUCGGAUUCUACAAGAGAUGAAUUAAAGACAUUACUGUUUGUUUAUGUUGAGAAUCCAUAUGUUAAGAAAGAAUCUUGUAUGAGAUUCAGGUUGGGAAGUCGAGAGGAUGAAAGAAAUUUGAGUAAUGGGUCUGGAAUAGGUGAUGUUCCAAAUGAUUGGACAUGGAGUCUGUUUUAG